GUAAUAGAAUUUUCAUACUUUUCCCACUCAUCGUCCUCCUCUAUCUUUCUCUCUCCUCCCAAUGAUGCAAUCAAAGGGCAAACUCGACAUUACACGCAAAACCAUGUCCACUCCCCCUAGCACAAAAAAAGUGGCCCCCACAUCUUUUUUUUUGACGUAAUAUUUUUUAAUUUAUAAUCCCCUCAAUUUCCAAUCAAAUACUCCACCAUAGUCGUCUUGUUCUUCCUCCUUCCUCCUUCCUCCUUCAUUCCCUCCACAAAAUCAUCACUCUUCUUCCUCACUUUCUCUCUCCUCUUCAGUUCUUCCCAGAAAACCAAACAAAAAUCCCAGAAAUCCCCCCUCUUAAUCUCGCUAUUCUGAGUGAUGGGGGUGCGAAUUCCGGGUUCUCACACUUCCCACAUCACUGAACUCAUCAUCACCAGCUUCUUCCGUCAUAAGCUCUAGAUAUUCUCCCCCAUCUUCUUCUUAGCUCCACCUCAAAAUCAUCAAUUUUAAUUAAUCGACUAUGGCUUCUUAGAAUUUGCAACUCUUUUAGCUAAAAUUUACUUAGAAGGCGGAAGUUAUGGCGGGUGCCGGUGUUGGAAGAGUCUUUGGCGGUGGUUCUUCCGGCGGUUGUGGUGGUAAUGGUAGUGUUGGAGCUUCUUUGCUGUUUAAUCAGAGGCUCCCGCGCUCUUCUCAGUCUCCUGAACCCUUUUUCAUUUCUGGGUCUUCCUCUACUUUUCUCGGUUCGAGUUCGAUGGUUAGUUUCGAAGAUGUUGUUGGAGGAAAAAGAUCAGAGAGGCCAUUCUUCUGCACAUAUGAUCAAGAAGAGAAUGGUGAUGAGGAUUUCGACGAUUACUUCCACCAACCGGAGAAGAAACGGCGAUUGACUGUCCACCAAGUCCAGUUCUUGGAAAAGAGCUUCGAGGUUGAUAACAAGCUUGAGCCUGAGAGGAAAGUUCAGCUUGCUAAGGACCUUGGUUUGCAGCCGCGGCAAGUUGCUAUUUGGUUCCAAAACCGAAGAGCAAGGUGGAAGACGAAGCAACUGGAGAAGGAUUUCGACAGUUUGCAAUCCAACUUUAACGACCUGAAGUCUGACUAUGAGAAUCUCCUUCAGGAAAAGGAAAAACUACAAGCUGAGGUAGUUCAGCUGACAGACAAGCUGCUUCUGAAGGAGAAAAAGCAGGGAGAACACUCUGCACCAUUCAACACAAACAUUGAACCCAAAACAGUACAAGAAGAACCCAUCGUUGAAUCCGCUUCUGAAACCGAGGAUCACCUAGUAUCUGUCUUCGGCUGUAAACAGGAAGACCUGAGUUCUGUUAAGAGUGAUGUUAUUGAUUCAGAUAGCCCACACUAUGUGGAUGCUGCUACACAUUCCCCCUUCGGCGAGCCAAGUGAAACCUAUGCUUUCGAAGCAGACCACUCUGAUAUCUCUCAAGAUGAUGAGGACUACUUGAGCAAGAGCCUUCUGCCUUCUUCCCAUGUCUUCAUGAAGAUCGGGGACGUCGAUUAUCCCGACCCGCCCGCCAACAACUAUGGGCUCCAAGGAGAAGAUCAUGCUUCCCUCUUCUGGCCUUACUGGGAUAUUAAUCUGAAAAUGUAAUAAAAGUUUCUAUAUAUAAAUAUUUAUACAUAUAUUCAUUACCAUAUAAACUAUGGUAAUUAGGGAGCUGUUCACUUGAGAAAAUCCAAUUUCUUUUUAGCUCCUUUGUGGUUUUUCCACUUCUUUUGGUAUAAUCCCCUUUUAUGUAAUCUUUUGCUUUUGUUGGAGGGAUUUUUUUUCUCUCUUUUGAAGUUCAGUGAACUUUACCUGAAAGUUAAGUAUGUGAUUAAAUAAGAUUGCUUUUUUGUAAUUA